AUGUCUCAGCUCGUUGAAGAUCACACCUUUGAUUUCGAGUUCAAUCGCAUUUUAGCUCAUGCGCGGUAUCGGGGAUGCGAUGUACGUGAGGUGAUAAACCUGAUCCCCAAGAUCACACCGGGAGACAUGGAGAGUUGGUACAAGGCAUUCGUCGAAUUGGCCGAACGCGCAGAAGCUUCUGCCGGCGCAGAACCCCGACCAAACCAAUACUCGAGAAAAAUCACAUACUCGGACCGUCUAUUUGCGGCCUCUGAUUACUAUCGGGCAGCAGACUUCUUUCUUCAUGGACAUCCCGAAGACCCUCGCAUCAACUCACUGUGGGACAAGCAAGCAGCCUGUUUUGACGCUGCUCUCAAACACUAUGGAAAUGGGACACGCCAUCUCGUAAAGGCAGAUACGUUUUCUGUGCCACUUAUAUAUUUCAAAGCACCCGAUGGCGUGGGCCCAGCGGGUCCAAAGCCCACCAUCUUGGCUGGAAAUGGCUUCGACGGAUCAAUGGAGGAGAUGUUCCAUGUCAAUGGUAUUGCUGCGCUGGAGCGAGGCUACAAUGUGAUUUUAUUUGAGGGACCCGGCCAGUGUACCGUACGCCGCAAUCAAGGUCUUGGUUUUAUUCACGACUGGGAGCGCGUGGUAACACCCUUGGUUGAUUUUGCCUUGUCUAAGGAAGAGGUGGAUAAAGAAAAAAUAGUGCUGUUUGGUUACAGUAUGUCAGGAUGUUUGGUCGUUCGUGCAGCCGCUUUUGAACAUCGACUUGCUGCAACAGUGGCUAUCGAUGGAGUGAUCAAUACCGGCGUUGCUUUCAAGGCACCCGAGCCUCUCAUGAAGCUGUACAACUCUGGUGAGAGGGAAACGUUUGAUGAAGAAUUCCGAAAAUGGAUGUUUGAUCCAUCCACUCCGACGCCUUCACGCUGGAUGUACCAACAUGGUCUAUGGGCAUUCAACGUAUCUGAGCCAUCCCACUUAUUUGAUGCAGUUAAAGCCCAUAACUUGCACAACUCAAUUCAAAACGUCCAGUGUCCUGUAUACAUUGGAGAAGCCGAGGAUGAAAUUUUCUUCCAAGGCCAGCCGGAACAACUAGCUCGAGCCCUAGGAAGUAAAGGCCAUCUCCGACGAUUUACAGCAGAAGAAGGGGCUAGCUUACACUGUCAAGCCGGAGCAGCAUCAUUGUUGAAUGGGGAUGUUUACCCCCAGGAUGCAUUACCCUCAACCGAGGGCAUAAAAAAGCAGCAAGCUGAUACCCGUUCUUCUCGAGCGGGUAUACGGGAUCGGGUGGUCCAACUAGAGCAAAUGGUCGUUUCACUCAUGCAAAAUCCGACUCAUGAGACGCCCCAAAUAGGUCUAGCAGAGGGCCCUAGGGACGAAAAUAGGUGUUUAAACGAUACGCAUGAUACUUCUGAUACCAUUGGAGAUUCCCCAAAUCAUGGAAGCUUGAUCUCCAAUUCUUCCGAGCUUCAGUAUGUGGGUGGAGAUCAUUGGGCUGCUAUUUUGGACAGUAUUGUCGAUUUGAAGGAAGACUUGGAACGACAGGAAGAGGAAUAUGCCCAAGAUCCUCACAUGUCGCAUGUCCUUUUGUUUUACAAUUCCAAAGCAGUCUCAAAAAUAGAGAUAUUGGAAGCGCUUCCUCCAAAACAAGUAGUAGAUAGGCUUGUUUCCCAAUAUUUCAACUGUCUUGACUUGGCUCCUUUGUGCUUACAUAGUGGGGAAUUUCUAAAAGAGUAUGAGCGAUUCUGGGAUGCACCGUCAGAAACCCCGACCAUGUGGGUAGGACUGUUGUUUUCUAUGCUCGGUUUGGCAGCAUUAGCUUCCCACACAUCAUCAGAGAAUUUACACGCGGAAAGGUAUGACCCUCUUGUCGACACUUAUCGAGAAAAAACAGCCCAAUGUCUAAAGCUUGGUGAGUAUACCAAGCCUACACGCUAUACCUGUGAAACUCUAUACAACUAUGUAGUCAUUGAAUACUCAAUCCAAAACGACACAAACAAGGAUGUUGGAGUGUUGAUGGGAGUUUUAAUCAAAUUAGCUUUCCGAAUGGGCUAUCACAGAGACCCGUCACAUUUUCCUGAUAUUUCUCCAUUUUCCGGUGAGAUCCGGCGCAGGGUUUGGGUGACGUUACUAUCAGGGGAUAUUUUGACAUCCACCCAAGUGGGUAUGCCUCGAAUGAUAAAAGAAUCGGAGUAUGACACUCAAGAGCCGAGGAAUCUAAAUGAUUUUGAUUUCAAUGAGCAUACCCAGGAGCUCCCUCAAUCCCGACCCGAGACAGAAAUCACCACCAGCACACAGAUGAUAGCACGCGGGCGAAUGUUUACCGCAUUGGGGAAAAUUGUUGACCUCACUGCUACAACGAAUCCUUAUUCCUAUGCUGAAGUAAUGCGCAUCGAUAAGACUCUCCAUGAAGCUGAAAAUAGUCUUCCUCCUGAUUUUCAAUUCAAGCCGAUAGGCUCCACCGUGAUAGACCCGCCACAGAUCAUCGUCAAUCGACUCUUUUCGCGGUUGAUGUUCCACAAGGGUCAGAUAAUGCUACAUCGCAAAUAUCUCAACGUACACCCCGGAUCGUCGUCGAGCGACGAAAUUAGUUACGCUUACUCGCGCAAGUCGUGUCUUGAAGCUACACUAGGCGUACUAGAGAUUCAGCGAAUCUUCGAUGUGGAGACUGCCCCGAAUGGAAAAUUGCAUCUCCUGCGGUGGAAACUAUCGUCUUUUAUUAGACAUGAAUGCUUGACGGCAACAAUGGUUUUGUGUUUUCUUGCGCAGCAUGGUUUCGAGCAGUUCCGCCAAUGCCCAGACUUUAGUGCAGAACAUGCCAUAUCUGCACUCAGAGGGGCUCAUGAUAUCUGGAACCGACUCAGUCAGUCAUCUAAAGAAGCACGAAUGGCCUCUCAUGCUAUAAGGGUUGUUCUGCGAAGGCUAGGUCACACAGAUUUCUCACAGAGCACGAACAAUGAGUUUGCCUUGACACAAGCUGAUCAAGAGAUGAUAUCUUGGGAACCUGGAAUUCCCAAGAGCACUGGAUGUGCUAAUUGCCGCCGACGGAAGAAAAAGUGCGGAGAAGAGCGUCCCCAGUGUCGUGCAUGUGUAUCUGCUGGCUGGAAAUGUCCAGGGUACCCUAAACGAUGGAAGUUUGUGGAUGGAAAUGCGCCAACAUCAGCCCUCUUUCGGGUAACGAGCGACAGCAUCGAAGAAUCCGAUUACGAUUCAGAUUUAGAUCGAAAAUCCCAACACACGGCUCAUGAUUCGGCGUUUUGUAGAAGGACUGAAAUUAUCUCACCCGGACUUGUUCCCCUUUGGCCUAACCAGUCCCGGCCGUUGAUGUCAGAAACCGACAAGGCUGCCUCGAGGCUGAUCUCGAUGUUGAACGACUCAUCAGGCCAAAAACUAUGCCAAAUUCGGUCCCACGCUAAUUUUAUUGACUAUGUUCCCAGUCUCCUCGGCAAUAAUGCUGCCUUAGACUCUACUGUAGCAAGCCUAUGCAGCUUGUUUGUCGAUGCACUCACCGGAAACCGGACCGUCGAAAGUCUUCGCUUAUUUGGAAAUGCCGUGACAUCUCUACAACUCUGCGUAAAGAAUCCCAAUCUACGAUUGGAGUCAGAAACAUUGUGCGCAUCUAUAUUGCUCCAAAUAUGUGAGCUCUUGAAGAGCCCAGGCAACGACAAAUGGAUACAUCUUUCUAAAGGAUCGAAAGUACUGUUUGAAAGUGUGGGGCCAGAGAGGUGCACUAGCGACCUUGACCGGGCUAUGCUUGAAUCACAGCGGGUGUGGUUUAUGCUACAAGACCUCCGAAAACACCAACGUUGCUUCUUAGCUCAACCGGAGUGGAGAAGAGUGUUUUCAUCUCAUCUGGUGACACCCGUUGAUAUUCGGAAUCCAAAACUGUCCUUACGAUCAAAAUUCUGUGAUAUGCUCGUCGAUAUCCCGGACGUGCUCUCAGACGUCUCUCGGGUUCUUACUACGGAAAACAACGAGGCUUUUGAUGAUACUCAAGCCGAACGAGAAACUGUUUUAGCUUGUGUGAUUUCCCAGAAACGUUGGAUUGAAAAGUGGUACGCGACAGAUUUGGAGCCUUUGUUUUUGCGUGGUGGUGAUUCCCGAUACCCUAAUGUUCUUGUUGCUAUUAUGGAUUUUAUUUGCAGUUCUACUCUUUUAAACCUUUGUGAUGCGUUAUCAACACUCUCGUCGAUUCUUCCACAACACGUUCUCAACCCCGCUCUCACGGUCGAUCAGUUGGCAAUCGCUAAUUGGAAAGACUCCGUGAGUGCAUCGUUCGCCUUUGCAGGUGGCACUUCUUGGGUGAUAUCAGAGCCUCUCAAAUAUGGGCUUCUAACGCAAUGCGGUAAUCCGAUCAAAGCAAUCAUCAUCGGUGCUGGUCCUGCCGGCCUGGCCGCAGCUCUUCAUCUAAAGCAAGCCAAUAAUAUUGACUCCACCAUUUACGAGCUUCGCCCAACAAGUGGCACAAGCGGGGGCUCUAUCGGGAUUCCAUCGAAUGGGCUGCGCCUGCUGGAUCGCCUCGGCCUGUAUGACAAGCUUGCUCGGUUGGCAAACACCGCGGAGGAAUUCGUUCUUCAUUCAACUCGCAACGAUGCCAUCUUGACAGAAGCGAAUUUUUCCGGCGAGGCAAAGGAGAGAAUCGGGUUCGGGUAUAUGCGAGUUAAGCGUACGGAUUUGAUUUCUGUUCUUCUGAAUGCAGUACAAAAGCAAGGGAUUCCUAUUCACUACAACAAAAGAAUUGUGUCUAUUGAUGACCAGGAUGAAAAUGUAACAGCGGUAUUUUCAGACAGUACCCGUGACACAGCAGAUAUUCUAUUAGGGUGCGACGGCAUUCACUCAAGUGUACGAGCGCUCCAUGUCGAUUCAAGUAUACAGCCAGAGUAUACUGGCGUCUCGGCCAUGUUCGCCCUGCUGAAGAGAUCUGAACUGCCCGAUGGUGCACCUCCGAUAACGUGCUUCAACUCUACAUUUACCACAGACGGCGUACUUGCAGUGAUAUCGUGCACUGCUUCAAACGAUGAAAUCUUUUGGUUCUUCUCUGGCGAGGUUCCCGUGCCAGAGUCUGGUGAAGAUGGAUGGGAGGAGCAUCGUCGAAAAGAAGUUCAAGAAGUCAAGAGCUCUAUCUUAGAUGUUCUUCAACAAGUACAAGGUCGAUGGGGUGAUUUCGUCCGAGACCUCAUUCGCAGAUCCCCCUCGAUUUCCUUCACUCCCAUCUACCGAAUGCCACUGGGUAAGGCGUGGUCUCGUGGGAGAUGCUUGCUGAUAGGCGAUGCAGCCCAUGCAAUACAGCCCCAUGCAGCGCAAGGCACGUCUAUGGCACUGGAAGACGUAUUUGUACUUUCUCGUGUGAUAAAGCAACACCCGAACGAUUCCGUGAAAGAAAUCUUCCUGAAAUAUGACGAGAUUCGCAGACCCCGCAUAACAAGAAUCUACACGGCGUCAGAGCAGAAUGGACAACUAUGGAAGAAGACGGGGCCAUGGGGCCUAUGGUUCAGAGAGUCCAUGGCAUGGGCGGUGUUUUCGUUGCCUCCGCUCUUGGGUUGGAAGAGAGGUGUUAUUCCGCUACAGGAUAUGAUCUAUGACCCUGAUGAAACAUCUUAG